GCUCGACUUAAAGUGUUCUUCUUAUCCAUCUAGACAAUCCAUUGUCAUCUCUCUUACUUGCGUUGUUUUCUUUCCGUAUCAUAACAUACACAUAAACAAUCUGUCAUCAUGUUCGCUGCUCGCCAGUCGUUUGGUGUCUUCCAGAAGCGGGCUUUCUCCGCGUCUGCUCGCCAGGCUUCCAAGGUUACCGUCCUUGGUGCUGCCGGUGGUAUCGGUCAGCCUUUGUCUUUGUUGAUGAAGCUCAACCCCCGUGUUAGCCAGCUCGCUCUCUACGAUAUCCGCGGUGGCCCUGGUGUCGCUGCUGAUCUUAGCCACAUCAACACAAACAGCACCGUUACCGGUUAUGAACCUACUGCCUCCGGAUUGAAGGAGGCUCUCACUGACGCCGAGAUUGUCCUCAUUCCUGCCGGUGUUCCUCGCAAGCCUGGCAUGACCCGUGAUGAUCUCUUCAACACCAACGCUUCCAUCGUCCGUGACCUCGCCAAGGCCGCUGCUGAUGCUUCUCCCAAUGCCAAAAUCCUCGUCAUCUCCAACCCUGUUAACUCUACCGUCCCCAUUGUCGCCGAGGUUUUCAAGUCCAAGGGCGUCUACAACCCUAAGCGCCUCUUCGGUGUUACCACCCUGGAUGUCGUCCGUGCUUCCCGCUUCAUCUCCCAGGUUAAGAAGACUGACCCUGCCAACGAGGAAGUCCCUGUCGUUGGUGGCCACUCCGGUGUGACCAUCGUCCCUCUUCUUUCCCAGUCCAACCACGCCGACAUUGAAGGCGAGACCCGUGACGCCCUCGUCAACCGUAUCCAAUUCGGUGGUGACGAAGUCGUCAAGGCCAAGGACGGUGCUGGUUCCGCUACCCUUUCCAUGGCUUUCGCUGGUGCCCGUUUCGCCGAGUCCCUCCUCAAGGCUGCUCAGGGUGUUAAGGGUGUCAUUGAGCCCACUUUCGUCGACAGCCCCCUCUACAAGGACCAGGGUGUUGAAUUCUUCGCUUCCCGCGUUGAGCUUGGCCCUGAGGGUGUCAAGGAGAUUCUUCCCGUUGGUCAGGUCAAUGCUUACGAGGAGAAGCUCCUCGAGGCUUGCCUUGGUGACUUGAAAAAGAACAUCAAGAAGGGUGUUGACUUUGUUGCUCAGAACCCUUAAAUAAUAGACUCUAUGUACCCUCUUAAGAGGAUAAGAAACUUGAUUGUAUGUUGUGAUGAUGACUGCAUGCAAUGAGGUUUAGUACUCUAGACUAGACGUUAGUUAGUCUGAUAUUAUGUGUAAAACAGAACAAUGAUUUUUCUUUUGUCGUUUGUC